AUGCCCGUGGACCUGGCCAUGCGGCUCUGCCUGAGCCACUCGCCCCCCAUCCGCAAGCUGCUGAACUCCUAUGAGGAGCUGCGGGGCAACCGGGGACGCAAACCCCUCCGGUCCUGUCUCAACCAGAAGCUGAGCGCAGAACCCGAGCCCGAGCGGCGAGAUAGCACCAAGAGCUCCAAGGGCCAGAAGAAGAAGAGAGUCGUCUUUGCUGACAUGAAGGGGCUCUCGCUGACGGCUGUCCGCUUCUUCUCAAAGAUUGAGGAGGACCUCUGUGACUUGCAGCACGCCCUGUCUGACCUUGCCUGCUUCCGACCUAGGCUGCGGGACUCACGCCCAGAAGUGUGCAGGUAUGUGCUGGACUUCCCACAGCCCUCUGCGGACUACAUGACUUUCCGCAACCGCCUACACAGCAACCAUGUCUGCCUGGAGAACUGCCUGAUCCAGGACCGUGCCCUGUCAGGGACAGUGAAGGUCAGAAACAUCGAGUAUGAGAAGAAAGUGAUGGUCCGCAUCACCUUUGAUGGCUGGAAGAGCUUCCGGGACAUCUCUUGCCAGUACAUGCAUAGCACGUACGGCUCAUCCGACACAGACACCUUCUCUUUUGAACUUGUUCUGCCCAAGCCGUCUGUUUCCCGCAGGGCCACGGAGUUCUGCAUCUCCUUCCAGUGCGGACAGAAGACCCACUGGGACAACAACCACGGGAGGAACUACAAGAUCUGCCACGUGGGCAUGAUCCGCCCUUCCCCCCAUGCUGUGAGGCGUGCCAGCGGGGCCUGGGAGCACCUUGGCACCUCUCGGGCUGCCACCCUGGUCCUUUCUCACCUGCAGACCUGGCGGCGCUCAGAGACCCAGGCUCCUUAUUGGUAG